UGUUUCAGUCACGAUUUCGGUGUCUUACGAAGAAGAUGUAGCAGAAUGGAAUCUUAGAAAUUGCAUUCAAAGGCGAAAGUGGAUGAUGCGUUUCAAGAGUUUGUUACACAUAGUUAUUAUAUAUUUGGUAGUUCUGUUCAAAAUCACCUUGGCUGAAAGUAUAUUUAGUGUUGAAGGGCAGGUAGCCAUCUUGCCUUGUAGUGCUGCAUCUUCAUCCUUCAGACCAAACGUCAAAACAACCUUACUCAGGUGGUUUCACAACCAUUAUCCUAAGCCAGCUUAUACAUUAGAUGUCCGUUAUACUGAGCAAAUGACGGCAAAUCUCAUUUGGUCUGACACUGGUGCCAGGCAUUUUCCAUCUUCCGACUAUGAAGGACGAUUGUACCUGGAAGUGAGCUCAGAGAUACCAGCCUUGAGGAUUGACCCUGUUCAAUUUGAUGAUAAUGGCCUGUAUACCUGUCAAGUAGAUUUUAAAUUUAAUAGAUCUGUGUCAAGCUCCGUAGAUCUACAUGUAAUAGUUCCUCCAAAGGGAGUAGUGAUUCGUGACCAGGAGGAUCGUAAAGUCGAAGGCGUAAUCGGCCCAUUUAACUUGGGAGAAACGCUCAUAAUCACCUGCGAGGCACUCGGAGGCCAUCCUAUACCAACCCUGUCAUGGUCUGGAACUUUUGAUAAUUCCAGUGCUGCUUAUCAAUUGAAUACUACAAACACGACUUCAUCUCUUAUCAUACCAUUAUUAAAAAGAAGUGAUCAGUGGACUCAUUUUACUUGCACUGCAUGGAAUAGUCCUUUAACAGCACCAAAGUCAAUUACAGUCACAAUCGAAAUUAAUCUGCCUCCUUUGGAUGUCAAAAUGGACAAAAACUUUAAGGAGCCAUUGGUAGCUGGUGAUCGAGUCACAUUCGUGUGUCAAAGUUUCGGUUCACAUCCAAGAGCGCAUAUACGAUGGUGCUUAGACGGGGAAACAAUGCCUUCAAAAGAUGUUGUUACAGAUAAUGGCAACAUUACAACAAGUUAUUAUCAAAGACUUAUAAACUCGCAUGAUGAUGGUAAAGAUCUUGAAUGCAUAGCAACCAAUUCCAAUAUUCCGAAUUUUAUUUUGAAACAAACGUAUACCAUGAAUGUCCAUUAUAAACCAGAAGUAAAUGUAAGUAUCCAAGAGGAUCCAUCAAUUUUGAUAGCUGAGGGCAAAGAUAUCGUUAUUAGUUGUAGUAUACGAUCAAACCCAGAGAUUUCUGAAGUAGAUUGGACUUUUGAAAACAGUAAAAUAUCUGAUUCUUCUCACGUGCGAAUCAAAGACAACAAUCUGAUCAUUAGAGAUGCAAAGAAGAGUGACGCUGGAAAUUACAGUUGCAAAGCAAAGAAUUCAGAAGGAUACAGUAGUGCCUUGAUCCAUGUUAACGUUGGAUACACCCCAGUUUGUCAAGGCCUUGAAAUAUCUGCCAAACACAGCGACGAGCACAAUAAAGAUUCGACUAACGUGACUUGCAAUCUUUCCGCCAAUCCAGCGAACGUGACUUUCUAUUGGAUGACUCGCAAUUCUUCGUCCAAUCAUACGUGGACUACUCACAGAGACUCAUAUACCUUAGUAAAAUUGAACGAAAGUGUCAUUGAACUGUUUUGUUGGGGAAGGAAUGAAGUCGGCUUGCAAAAUUCCGCUUGUUCUUGGACUUAUGAAGGUCAAAUGAAUGCUUCCCAUGACACAGAUGUGAUCUUCAUCGUCAGUUUUGUUGCCAUUUUGUGUUUUGUUAUAUUUUUAAUUUCAUGUCGUAAAAUAUUCCAAAGAAAGCAGAAAGAUUCAGUUAUAGAAAACAAAGAAGUGAUAGGUUUGAAAGAUGGCGUCUGCAGUCAGAUGUUAAAUAACUGUGUGAAAUCAACUAGCACGUCACCUGAAGUUGAAUGUUUAACCAAUCUCCUGCCACCAGAGCAUUCGAAUGCAACAACGAAGAGCAGAUAUGUUUCAACAAAUCAAAGAGAGUUGAAAUUGGAAUUGAGAGAAGCAAAUCGAGAAACAAGACUUCUUCUGAAAAGAGAAAAGAAUGAUAUCCCGAGGAGAAUAAGAAGCAGUCAAUUCUGAUUUUCAUUCAAUUUCACUCUAUCAUUAACGUUUCGAUUGCACUUUUUUAUUUUUAUCAUGACUCCUAUUAUUGAAACGCACAAAAAUCCACAAUUAUUUAUUAUUUUGCAUAUUUUUACAUGUCAUUUUCAUAUUUGUUUC